GGGCGGCGCGGCGGCCGUGGACGACUACCGGGAGUACCGGAGAAUUGUGGGUGAGGAUGAUGGAGGGAAACUUUUUACUCCUGAAGAGUACGAAGAAUACAAAAGAAGAGUUUUACCUAUGCGCUUACAGAAUAGAUUGUUCGUGAGCUGGCGAUCCCCAACUGGAAUGGAUUGUAAACUUGUGGGCCCAGAGACACUGUGUUUUUGUACACACAGGUACAAACAGCAUAAAACCGACUUUGAAACGGUUCCACAGCAGCGCCCCAUUAGCUUGCCUUGCCGAGUGACCGGCUGCCAGUGCAGGGCUUACCUUUAUGUGCCUUUGAAUGGCACGCAGCCCAUUCGCUGCAGGUGCAAACACUUUGCUGAUCAGCACAGUGCCACGCCUGGCUUUAUGUGCAAUGCCUGUUCCAAGUGUUCAGGAUUCCAUAGUUGCUUCACUUGUGCUUGUGGUCAGCCUGCGUAUGCCCAUGACACAGUCGUGGAAACUAAGCAAGAGAGACUGGCUCAAGGAAAACCAGUGGGACGGGAUGCUCCUUACGCGGCAAUGGGAGGAUUAACCGGCUUCAGCUCACUAGCAGAAGGCUACAUGCGGUUAGAUGACAGUGGAAUUGGUGCACCUUCAGCUGAAUUUUUAGACUCUCCAGGUACGGCCAUGGACCAUCCAUUUCUAAAGGCAUUUCAAGCAUCAUCUACUUCUCCAGAAACACUAACAGAUGUAGGUACAAGUAGUCAAGUUUCUUCCUUAAGGAGACCUGAGGAGGAUGAUAUGGCUUUCUUUGAAAGACGAUACCAGGAAAAGAUAAAAAUGGAAAAGGCUGCUAAGCAUAAAGGAAAAGCACCAGUGCCAUCAAAAACAAAACCUUCAUGAAGAUUAUUGGGGAAAUUAAAACCAUCAUCCAAAUGUAUCUUUUUUUGGUGUUUAUUUAAAUAUAAUAUAGUUUAUUGUCUCUUAAAUUGUUUACUUCUGUUAGUAUAUAAAAGGCCUUUUUGGAUGUCUUCUUGAUUUAAAUAAGUGAAAUUACCUUACCUGGUAUAUUACUUUUAUCAAAUUUUAUGAUUUACUAUUUUAUCUAUACUUUUUUAUCUCUCCGAACAAAUGAGGCUAUUUUCCUAUUAGUCAAAAGAAUAGUAAAUAUCUUUAGUCUAUCAUAAUUUAACUUUUUCAAACUAUGUAUCUAAAAAUUAAAGCUGGCCUUGGCUGGUGUGGCUCAGUUGGUUGAGCGUCAUCCUGUGGACCGAAACGUCACCAAUUCCAUUCCCAGGCAGGGCACAUGCCCAGGCUGCAUUUGGAUCCCUGGUCGGGGUGCACACAGGAGGCAGCUGAUCAAUGUUUCUCUCGCACAUUGUUGUUGAGGUUUUUGAACAAAUAUAUAGGGCCACUGUUUCAAAAUAGUAAGUUAAAAUGAUCAGUUUUUUGUUUUUUUAAACUUUGUAAUGUUGAUUUACAUUUUUAAUAAAAAGCUAUUUCAAAAUUAUAUAAUCAUUUUCUAGCAGUAUCUCCUGAUUUUUAAGUUGUUUUGUUAACUAUGCCUUGCAUGUAACUGUAUUGACACCCCUUGUGUCCACUUCAAAUCUCUUAGCCCUACCUCCUCCUCAGUACUGCUGUGAAACACUUCCAAGCAGGCUUCUGUAUUGGGACCAUGUCAUGACUCUCCAGGGAUCCUUUGACACUGGCUUGGGAUACGCACUGGAACCCUUUGCAUCAUACAUGUGUAAAAGAUAUGGGGGAGUUAAUGACAUUGGGACCACCCUUGAGUAACCCCCAGGGGGAAGCCAGUGGAUAAACACUCCCUCGUCUGUCUGUCUGCUGGGAAGGCAAUUCUGAGAAGCCUUUCAUAAGCUUCCCCAGUCACCCACUAUUUGGGUGUAUCCUUAUUUUAGCUUUCUCUUUCCCCCCUUUCCACUCCCUGAUUCCUUCCCUUGGUUCUGUGGAGGGGAGGCUGUUCCAUGAUGUGACCCACAAGAUGGACCUGGGCCAGAACAGAGUGCUUCCCGCAAGCCCUCUCAGAGAUUGUCUGAUCAUAAUCGGUACUUUCCUUCUGACGUAAACCAGAGCCUCUGCUGUGUCCCAUGUUGUGCUGGUUCCUGGAAAGGCCAUUGUCCUGACCUGGCAAGUAUGUACGGCAUUUUUCCCGCACCUGGGACCGAUGACAUACCCGUACCCCCUCCAUCUCGCCCUUUUCUGUAUAAUUCUUUGGUGCCUGGAGGAUAUCCACUUCCUUUUGCAGCCGCCCACACCAAGACAUGCCUGGUAUGUAAGUUUCCCUGAAUAAACUCUGCUAAUUGCCGGA